UGGCGGAUCUGCCCACCACUGUGCGCUUGUCGCACGUCCUUUCUUCGCUCCGUUCUGUGAACUUUGAGUGAGCUUGACAUCCGAAGCCUUGCACCAUGGCAGACCCAAGCGUUGGCAAGCCAGAGGGUGGUGUGCACCAUAACGACAUCAAUGAAGCUCGCCGUUCGUCAGUCGCGAGUGUCAAUCUGAACAAAAACAUCGAUGCGAAGGUGUCCAAUCCUUUGGUUGGCGUUCCCCAUGAGACGCUGAUGCGCGAUGUAGAAGACUUUGCACGUGAACACGACUUAGAAGAUAUUGUCGAUCAUCUCAAAAAGGGCGCUCUAGUCGCUCAAGAUCCCAAUGGGUACGACAAUAUCGCGAUGCUGGUUGAAGAAGAUAGGCAGCAUCUUCGAUUUGAGCAAGAGCACAAGUGGAAGCAUCCCUUCCAGCUGUACGUUACGAUCAUUGUAUGCUCCAUCGGUGCUGCAGUACAGGGUUGGGAUCAGACUGGAUCCAACGGAGCUAAUCUUUCGUUCCCGGUCGAGUUCGGUAUCGGCGAAGGCGACACAGAAGGCAGUCCCAACCGUUGGACUCACAACCUGCUUGUUGGCCUCGUCAAUGCUGGCCCAUACAUAGGAAGCGCGUUCAUCGGCUGCUGGGUCAGUGACCCUUGCAACUACUAUUUCGGCCGUCGUGGAACUAUCUUUAUCUCCGCUGUCUUCUGUGUGCUCACUCCCAUUGGUGGAGCACUUGCACAAACCUGGGAACAGUUACUCAUCACUCGUAUACUCAUGGGUAUUGGUAUGGGACUGAAAGGAUCAACAGUGCCUAUCUUUGCUGCUGAGAAUUCUCCCGCCCGGAUUCGAGGAGCCCUUGUUAUGAGUUGGCAAAUGUGGACUGCAUUUGGCAUCUUCUUGGGCUACUGUGCCAACCUGGCCGUGUAUCGGGUGCCUGUGAUCGCAUGGCGACUUCAGAUAGGCUCAGCUUUCAUUCCAGCGGUGCCAUUGACCAUAGGAAUCUUCUUCUGUCCAGAGUCGCCUAGAUGGUUGAUCAAGAAGAACCGCUAUCGCAAAGCUUGGGAAUCGCUACUGCGGCUCCGGUUCAGCCCUGUGCAAGCAGCCCGUGAUCUCUACUACAUCCAUGCUCAGCUCCAAGUCGAGGCCCAGAUCAUUGGCAAGUCAAACUACUUCCAGCGCUGCAUUGAGCUUUUCACAAUUCCUCGAGUCCGUCGUGCGACUCUGGCCUCAUUCGUCGUCAUGAUUGCACAGCAGAUGUGCGGAAUCAACAUCAUCGCCUUCUACUCCAGCACCAUCUUCAGACAAGCAGGUGCCUCAGAGCGUGAAGCACUCAUCGCCUCAUUUGGGUUCGGACUCGUCAAUUUCGUCUUCGCCUGGCCCGCCAUCUGGACUAUCGACACAUUUGGACGUCGGAGCCUGCUUCUCUUCACAUUCCCACAGAUGGCAUGGUCACUGCUAGCAACUGGACUCUGCUUCCUGAUCCCGCAGAGCAGCCCAGCCCACCUCGGCCUCAUUGCUAUGUUCAUCUACAUCUUUGCCGCAUUCUACUCGCCGGGCGAGGGGCCCGUACCGUUCACAUACAGCGCAGAAUGUUUCCCUCUGACCCAUCGCGAAGUCGGCAUGGGAUGGGCGGUCGCAACGUGCCUCUUCUGGGCUGCCGUUCUCUCUAUUACCUUCCCACUCAUGCUAUACGCCCUCACACCACUCGGUGCGAUUUGCUUCUACGCCGGCCUGAACAUUGUCGCAUUCUGCAUGAUCUUCCUAUGGCUACCGGAGACCAAGCAACGAACGCUCGAGGAGCUGGACUACAUUUUCGGUGUGCCCACGCGCAGGUUUAUCGCAUACAACUUCCGCGUUGCACUACCUUGGUGGUGGAAGCGCUGGGUCUUGUUCGAUAAGUCUGCCACGCUGGCGCCGCUGUACACGUUUGAUGGGGUUGAGGGCCACUAUCAGACGGGAUACAGCGUUGAGACAAGGAGGGAGACGAGUAUCGAGAAGCCAGAGACCAUAGCGCGGGAAUUGUGAUGUUGAUACGCGUAACAGGGAUUUGAGAUUGUAGAAAGAUGUCACCAAGGAGCAUUUUGGCUUAUAUUGGCCAUGCGACAUUGGUGUUUAGUGAUGAGGUGGUCAGGUUAGGUCAGGGAUUCUGAUAAGUCUGCUCUACACCGAUACAACUAAGUUAGAGACCAUGAGCUAUCAUGCUCUUUUGUUUGGAAUUCAUACUAUUGGCAACGCAACAAGUCACUUCACAACAUGCGAACAGUAGUAUCAG